GUUGUCUUUAUUCUUGUUUUCACUUUCAGUUUUCGCAUCUCAAUUUCCAAACAAAUAAAUCUAGCAAUUUCUACGCAAUUUGUGUAUUUUGGUGUUAAAUCAGAUAAUACGAAUAACUGAUAAGAAAAUACGUAACGCGCGCCGAGUCUACCAACCAUAACCUAUCUUCUUACCUAUCGUUACUACAAGAUAGUAGUUUGUACUGUUUUGUGUUAAUCACAGCAAGUAACGGGAUUUUUAUUAUUUCGUGUCCACAAAACUUAUUAUGCCUCAUGAUUUAAAAGGACUGGGUGUAAGGAAAGCGAUAAUGGCUCCCCUAUCGCCUACACCGUGUGCGGAGAUCAGUGACGAUGAGCUGGUCUCUAUCUCUGUGCGCGACCUCAACAGACAGCUCAAGAUGAGAGGACUCACUCGAGAUCAGAUUGUGAGAAUGAAACAACGUCGACGUACGCUCAAGAACCGAGGGUACGCAGCAUCGUGUCGCAUCAAGCGGAUUGAGCAGAAGGAUGAGCUGGAGACGGAGAAGAGCCAGGAAUGGCACGACAUGGAAGCGAUGCAAGAGGAGAAUACUCGCAUCCGGGAGGAGAUCGAGGCUCUCCGCAGCAAGUAUGAUGCCCUCAAACGGUUUGCCAUCAUGAAGAGCAUACCGUUGCCCGCUGAGCUGGAGAUGCUGCCGUAGUUGGUGAAUGUUGCUAUAUAUUGCUGUAUGUUGCUAGGAUAGAGAGAUAUAGAAAGAGUUUUGUACACACUAUUAUAUGAACCAAUACAGUACACAGAUAGAAAAACAUAUAAAUCAUACUACUACUGAGCUGGAAAUGUUGCCGUAGUUGGUGAAGUUGAUAUGUUGCUAGGAUAUAUACAUAUACAAGGUGUAACAAAACUAUAGUUUGUGCG